AUGACAAAGAGAAGAUUGUGAAGGAUGGACAGAUGAAGGAAGAUGACCAAGAGAAGAUAGUGGAUGAUGGACAGAUGAUUGAUGAUGACCAAGAGAAGAUUGUGAAGGCUGGACAGAUGAUUGACGAUGACCAAGAGAAGAUUGUGAAGGAUGGACAGAUGAAGGACGAUGACCAAGAGAAGAUUGUGAAGGAUGGACAGAUGAUGGAUGAUGACCAAGAGAAGAUUGUGAAGGAUGGAAAGAUGAUGGAUGAUGACCAAGAGAAGAUUGUGAAGGAUGGACAGAUGAUGGAUGAUGACCAAGAGAAGAUUGUGAUGGAUGGACAGAUGAAGGACGAUGACCAAGAGAUGUUGGUGGAGGAUGGAGAGUUAGCAGAUGAUGAACUAGAAUGGAGAUCAGAUGAUGAACUAGAAAGGAGAUCAGAUGAUGAACUAGAAAGAAUAUCAAAUGAUGAACUAGAAUGGAGAUCAGAUGAUGAACUAGAAAGAAUAUCAAAUGAUGAACUAGAAUGGAGAUCAGAUGAUGAACUAGAAAGCAUAACACUAACAGAUGGUCAUGAUGGAAACAUGAGUUUCAGAUAUGAUGGAAACAUGGUCAUGCUGAAGGAAAACAGAGAAGCCUUUAGUGCUGUUAAAGAAAAGCCGGAUCUGGAGCAAGUAAUGGAUUCUUGCAGCGAGGACAGCAACUGCUCGCUGAUUUGGCCCAUAUUGAGUGUUAGUCUGAGAAAGACCAGAAUCUUAAAGAGAUGGCAAACCAAUGACUCACAUAAAGACAGUGAUAGUAGUGUUCAUGACUAUGAUUCUGACAGCAGAGACCCUUCUUAUAAGCCACAGAAGCCUGAUAGACUUGAUGAUGGUGAGACAGAUGCAAGUGACCACAAUGAUUCCAGUGCAUUGACCAUCACCAAGAAAAGAAAGAGCCUUCACUGGAAAAAGAAAGAAAGAAAAAAAAACAGGGUGCCCUGGACCAAAGCUGACACUGAAAUCCUUAAGCGCAUAUUUCAUCCAUGUAUUACAUCAAAUAAGCCUCCAACAAAAAAUGAUGUUUUAUUAGGGACAAGGAAAAACACUUAUGUGAAAACAAUGUUCGAAAAAAGAGGCUGGAAGUGUAUUAAGUAUUACGUUUGGAGCCUGACACAGCAGCAUCAGAAAAAAAAGAUGAAGCUUUUGCAAGCAUCUUCUUUGCGGAACUAAAUCUAUGUUAUGUUCGUCAAGAAAUGUUUUGAUUCCAAUAAUGAAGAGUGUGCCGUUUUUGGUGUUUUACUUUACUUUUAUUUACUUGUGACGACGAAAUGACUCGGUUGAAUUAAUUCCAUUUCUUGGAAGAACCUAGGAUAGAAUUAUCUACGUACAUUUGUUUUGCAUCCAAUGAUGCACUGUAUAUGUACUUAUAUCAGCAAAUGUUAAUUGGUGCUCUGAAUGAGUUAGACAUUUAGUACAUACAAUUUUCUCCUCACAAAAUAUAAAUAAUUUUCUUGCGAAUUCCCUUUGAACAUUUAGCUUGAAUCCUUAUGUCUCCAUCACCGUCAGUCUUUGCCUUUGUGGCAAAAUCCUCAAUGUUUAUUCUAAGGCUUCUUCUGUUUCUUAAUGAUAAUUCCAUUCACUCUCCAAAAUAACUCAUCUUAAUUUGAUCCAGGGAAAUACCUGUGUUUGACAUUUAAGUGGCAAUGCAAGAUAUACAAGCGAAUGUUUGUUACCACUAUUUUUCAUUAAAAAAGAUAAAAUUAG